ACUGAAACUGAAAGUAUUACUCAAGUUUGUGUAACACAAAGGCAUGGUAGGAGAGGAAGAACAGUGAGAAAGAACAUGGAAGACGAAGAGAUGCUGGCUCUGAGUUAUAAUCUCCAGUGAACUCUUUUAUUCUUUGAUUGCCUCUGUUGUUCUGGAACUAAGACCACUCCAAACAGAAGAAAGAUGCAGCAAUUGGGAGGGGAGGAGUGUCUGGUCCCUCAGCCUCGUGGGAGUUUACCCAAAGCCUGUGCGAUAGGAUUGGCUUCUGUGGUGGUGACGGCCAUCUUGGUUUUGGAGCCUGAGGGCUUCUUCAGACACGUUUCCGCAGCAAUACUCAUCCUGACUGUGGGGCCCUCGCUGCACGGAGUGUUUCUUCUCUCAGAGGAAUGUCUUCAUCAUGCAACUACCAGGUACCGUGGUCGGAGGCUGGGUCAGAUGGUGACAGCCUGUGUGGGUGUAUGUACCCUCCUGUGUGUGGGUUUGGCAGUGCUGCUGUUUGUCUUGACCAAGCCCCAGCCCUGGCGGGACCAGUGGAGCAUGGUUAUCCUGGCCUGUGUCCUCUACCCUCUACUCAAAACCCUGGGAGUACUGGGUCCAUCUGAGGUGGAGGUGUCGGAGAUCUGUGAGACGAGGAAGAUGAACGUGGCUCAUGGCCUGGCUUGGUCUUUCCACCUAGGCUACCUCAACCUGGUUCUGCCUCGGUUGGAGGGUUCUAUCGCAGCGUUCCGUGCUUCACAUAAUGCAGGUCCGUUUGAGACCAGGGGCUCCAGAAAGCUCCUCAUUCUCCUUCCUCUCAACGCAAACAUUACUCACACGCUGGAGGACGAGGACACCAACAUCCAUUUCUAUGACAACCUCCCUGACACAGAGAUCGACAGGGCAGGUGUCAGGGGGCGUGUCUACAAGCACAGUGUCUACACCGUAUUGGACAAGGACAGACAGGCCCAUCACUGUGUUGUGGAGUAUGCCACCCCUCUGCUGACCCUGUAUAAGAUGUCUCAGGAGAGCAGUGCAGGGUUUGGGGAGAAGGACAGGAGAGAGCAGGUGCUGCUAUUCUACAGGACUCUACAGGACAUACUGGACCGCUCACUGGAGUGCAGGAACCGCUACCGACUCAUCCUGCUCAACGAUGAACAUGAGGAUGACCCUCACUACCUGUCCAACUCCAUUCUGAAGAACCUGGAUCAACAGGAGAAAGAAGAGUUCUAUGUUCCCCCUUUCAUCCCUCAGCCUGAGGUGGACCACCCAUCCCAUGCCCUGCCCAUCAUCGACGACUGGCACCGAGCUGAGCCAAUGAGCAGGGUGCCUACGAUCAUGAUCAGUCAUGACAUGCCACGUACACUCAGGGAACCGGUUGAGAAUUCGGAAGACCUUUCUCCAUGAGACAGGUCUAGAGAGAUAAACAAAAUAAAUUGCACUUAUGCACAACAGUAGUUUUGGAAUUGUUAGUUAGAUUACUUGUUGGUUAUCACCGCAUUGUCGGAACUAGAAGCACAAGCAUUUCGCUACACUCGCAUUAACAUCUGCUAACCAUGUGUAUGUGACAAAUAAAAUUUGAUUUGAUUUGAUUUGAACAGCAGCGGCACUACACCAGGCUGCAAGAUAGGAAGCACUCAAAGCCAUCUCAAAGUAGAGCAACAAGGCAUUGCCUUCCCCUUUACACCGCCACUCAUUACUUAACAUACAGUGCAUUUGGAAAGUAUUCGGACGCCAGACUUUUUCCACAUCCUGUUACAUUGGUCUUAUUCUAAAAUUGAUUCAAUUGUUUUUCUUCCUCAAUCUACACACAAUACCCCAUAAUGACAAAGCAUAAACAGGUUUUGUAGAUUUUUUUUUGCAAAUUUAUAAAAUGUAUCAAA